AUGUUAUACAUAAUUGGUUUAGGAUUGGGUGAUGAGCAAGAUAUCACUCUCAAGGGUUUAGAAGCUGUCAAAAAGUGCCACAAGGUUUACAUGGAAGCUUACACUUCCCUCCUCUCCUUUGGUCUCUCCACCAAUGGCAUCUCCAACUUGGAAAAACUAUACGGUAAACCCAUUAUUCUUGCCGACAGAGAAAUGGUAGAAGAAAAGGCCCAUGAAAUUCUUGCCCAAGCUCACGAUGCCCAUGUUGCUUUUCUCGUUGUUGGGGACCCUUUUGGGGCUACCACUCACACUGACCUUGUUGUUCGAGCGAAGAAGAUUGGAAUUGAUGUCAAAAUAGUGCACAAUGCAUCUGUGAUGAAUGCUAUUGGAAUUUGCGGUCUGCAGCUUUACCGUUAUGGGGAAACUGUUUCUAUACCAUUCUUUACGGAGACAUGGAGACCUGAUAGCUUCUAUGAAAAGAUUCAGAGAAACCGACUUAUGGGACUGCACACUCUUUGCUUGUUAGAUAUUCGUGUGAAGGAACCCACACUGGAAUCUUUGUGCAGAGGAAGAAAAGCCUAUGAACCACCCAGAUAUAUGACGAUAAACACAGCCAUUGAGCAGCUCUUGGAGAUUGUGCAAGGUCGCGAAGAAUCUGCCUAUACUGAGGAUACCGAAUGUGUUGGGCUUGCACGGCUUGGUAGUGAAGAUCAGAUGAUAGUAGCUGGAACAAUGAAGCAGUUGCAGUCAAUUGAUUUUGGAGCACCUUUACAUUGCCUUGUUAUAACAGGCAAUACCCAUCCUGUGGAGGAAGAGAUGCUAGAUUUUUACAGAUGCAGGACAUAG